AAACAUAAAGAAGAUGGCCAAAAUAAAAGCAUAAACACGAUCGGAGAAUAAAACAAGGUACAAAGGCCAAAAUAGAAAAUGAAUAAACUAGAUAAUCAAAGGAUAACCAAAUCUACCAAAUUCAUGCGCCUCAUGUCCUUCCGACAGUGAUGGAGGACUCCACGGUAUCAGGGGUCCUCUCUUCCUCGUCGCGUUUAGGAAAUCAUUGUUUGAUUUGGCCAUGACAAUAGGAACGCCAAUAUACUCGGACUAAGGAAUCUGUACAGGACCUUCUGGGUAAUGGGGUUUGUAGGAAUCGCAACCAUGUUUGCGGAUUUGGGUUCAUGGUGCAGGAAUUGGUCGACGACAAAGCAAAAAUUAGAGUUUCGUAAUUUGGUUUUCCAAGGUUUCAAAAAGAGUGAAUUUGUGGAUCAUCGUGAAAUUGGGAAUAUUUCCGGCUACGUGCUCAAACAGGUGAUCGGUGGAUUGCAAUUGUUAGAAUAACAAACCGGCCGCAGCUCCACUGGAAAAUCUGUUGAUAUCCUUCCAUCAUAUAUAUAUCAGGACGGCCCAUCGAGUCCCUGCCGAAUUCCUACUUACUAGCAAGAAGAAAGGGCAUAUCUCUGUUUAUGUCUUAAACUUCAGUUUUUCAAACAAAGGUGCAUGUGCCGUAGGAACUCGGCCAUGUGCAGCCCUGACAGCAUCACUUGUUUGUUCAACCAUUUUCCAGUGGGGAAAGUUGGACGCUAUAAAAAACAGUAGAAGCUUGUAAAAAGAUCCCUCCCCAAUAUGAAAUGAAAAAGAAAAAAAAAA